AUGGCUCCGCCCCCUGGUGCCACCUAUCAUUUGGACCGGGCAGGGAGGUUUUUAGUUCCUUCAGCCGGGACAAUCAUCUGGCUCAACGAAGUUCAACCUAAUUCACCUCUGUUUCAUUACAAAGGCGUUAAAUUGCCAUUUUAUAAUGGCGGCGAACACAGGCACCUCUCUAGUGCUGUCCAGUCUGCUGUCAGUGCUGGUAUUUGCUGGCAUGCAGAUGUUCAGUAAGCAGCUGGGAUCUACUGAGUGGCUCACCAUCCUGGGAGGUUUCCUGGGCUCAGUCCUCUUCAUCUGCUCCCUAACUGCAUUUAAUAAUCUGGAAAACUUGAUUUUUGGGAAAGGAUUCCAAGCCAAGAUUUUCCCGGAGAUUCUGUUGUGCCUGUGCCUGUCACUGUUUGCCUCUGGUCUGGUACACCGUGUCUGUGUCACCACAUGCCUGAUAUUCUCCCUCUUCGCCCUGUACUACAUCAACAAAGUAUCUGCCGCUCUCUACCAAGCAGCCGUUCCCACAGUAACACCAGCCAAGGCUGCAAGCAAGGGCAAAAGGAAGAACUGAUGAAUCUCUGGGAUCCCACUUGCGUCUAGUUAAUUAGUUAAUAUUACCCAAGUGCUGAUGGCCAGUGCAACACAGCAGUUGCAUAUUUUGUAAUAACUUCUUAAACCCAUAACCCUUAUAAACAUUUGGUUUGGAAAUGUUACUUGUAAAGUGCUAAAGUUUGUAACAUUACAAUGACAGUUUUUUUUUGUUGUUGUUUUUUUUUUUUUACAUUGAUCUCAAUUUGAAUCAUGGAGAAACAUCUCUGGUAUAUGUAAAGCCCAAAAAAAAACAAGAAGCAAACAACUAUCUACAUUCCAUUGAUAACUCAUCACAACCCAUCAUGUUUUUUGUGUAUUCAUCAGCACAUCAAGUUGCUUUUUUGUUUAAUUCAUUUUGUAAUUAAACUGCAAAAGACUUUGAA